AUGUCCGAAGAAAAGUACAACUUCCUGUUGAUAGGAAAGACUGGUCAGGGCAAAAGUGCGACUGGAAACAUGCUGAUGAACAGACGUUGUUUUAAAACUUCGGCCAACACAACAUCCCAGACGAAGGAUGUUGAUUCCAGCUUCGCGCAGUUUAAAAACAACAUUCUACUGGUUGUUGACGGGCCUGGCUUGGAAGAUACUCAACUGAGCACUGUUAGAGAUAAAGAAGCGGCAGCGAAGAACAUGGACAAAGCUUUGGCAAUGUGCUAUGGGGGUGUUCACGCUUUUCUCUUUACUAUCAAAUUUGGCACACGAUUCACUGCCGAGGAACAGACAGCGCUCAACUCACUGAAAAGAAUCUUUGGGGAAGAUUACAUGAAGUUUUUGAUUGUUGUUGUGACUUGUGGCGAUCUGUUUCAACUUGCAGUGGAGGAAGAGCAGAUGGACAUCACCUUCGAAGAAUGGUGCCUGAAGCAGACAGGGGAAUUUGGUCAGCUGUAUGCUGACUGCGGUGGACGGUUUGUUUUAUUUGACAACAGAACGAAGGAUGAACAAACAAGAGAGUCGCAGAUCCAACAGUUAGUCGACCUGGCAAGAGGUCUAAAAAGUCGCCAUGGGACAUAUACAUCCCAAUGUUUUCAAAAGGCUGAAUAUGAACGGAAAAAGCUGAUUGUUGAACUGAAAGCGCCUGAACUGACGUUAGAAAUUCAACAAAAGAUCAGCCUCCUGGCUACCGAUAUAGACGUGUAUUCUAGACAGCCGACUGAGGCUCAUAAACAGCAACUGCAAAAGAGUAUCCAGGAUCUGAAGGAUGAGAUCGUGGUCCAAGAUCAAGGCUACAAUGUAUUGUCAGAUCUGAUGAAAACUGUGAGGAAGCUGGAGGACAAACUCCAUGAUACCGCUGAACUGCAGCCACUGGUCUUGGAAAUGGAGAAUAUCCGGAAAAAGAAAAAAAUCUGGGCUGCGUUAGGGUCUGUGUGUUCGUUCAUUGGCGUUGAGUUAGCUGCAGUGGUUUCUCCUCUUGGUAUUGCAGUAGCUGUUGGAGGUGCCAUUACUACUGCAGUAAGUCAUGUCAAGCUUACAUCUGACGAAAAUGAGAACCAAGAGAAACAGAAUCUGAUUAGAAAGAACAUUAACAAAUGA